AUCAACAAGUCAGUAAUGUCACAAACUAAAGAUCAUAAAGAUCAUAUUCUUCUUCUGUGGUAAUGCCUGUGAUAAUGUAGUGCCAGUGUGACAAUGUGUAAACGUUACCUCUAACAAGAUUUAUAAAUGUUUAUAAUAACGCAAGAGAUUGGACUGUGUAUAUUUAUGUUGUUGAUGUAUAAUGUGUGUUGUUUUCCUUCGCAUAAACCUGGCGACAUGGCACCGUCUUUUAUGAUCCAAACACUAGCGGGUAAAUUCAUUUACAAAGGGAGAGCAUCGAAUGACACCGAGAGUUCAAAUCCGAUAAUCUUCUGCGCAUUUAAUAAACAUUCUGCGUUUUUAAGAGCUUUAUGGACUGAAGAGGGCUCUGUGAAGAGAUUUCUCGAGCGAUCACCUCGAAACACUCAGUAUGUGUUUCUAUCACUAUCUGACAAUGCGAAACAUGAUGUGGAAUAUAUGCAGAAGAAAAUAUUUGGUGAAAUGGCUAGAUUGUUGUAUAAUGAGAAGAAGGAUAAAAUUGUUACGGAUCAAAUGAAUGCUGUGGAUAAAGAUCAGGGCAUGCUCGGUAGCAGGAUAUUGUUCGGAAUGUCCGAGAAGAAGCGAAUUAAACGCUCUGUCAUGGACAAAGAUGGAAAAUUAGAAAAUUAUGACAGAGAAGAUGAAGAAAGAUUAGAUGAUUCAAUGGCUGAGGAAGGUGCAAUAUAUAAUGUAACAGAGGAACCACCAGCGUUUAGCAAGACUGGUCGACCUCGCAUAUUACUUGAUAAUAAGCAUUCUGAAGGGGAGUUGGCAAGCUGGAAGAAAAACUUCCAUUUUGCCUCAUUUCCUCUCUAUGAAUUUGGUAACUGGAUUCCAUUUGUUAUGGCACGAUGGCCUUGCCUUGGCACUGGAUGUGGUCUACCACAAGUUGCAUUCAAAAAUAGCGAAGGAGAUAUCUUAAGGGUCAUUCCUCGCCUAGAAGCGCGAUAUGAUUGGCAACCAAUGCCUUUCCGGAAUCUGAUCAAACAUGAGAAAACCAAAUUGAGAUAUAUUCACAAUCCAUGCGAUAAUGCUACAAAGCCUAAAACAAUAAAGACAGCUUUCAAGGAAGUCGCUCUUAUAUCUAGUAGUGUUGGCAAUUGCUCUACGUUUCAAAAGAUCCAAAACGCAGCAAAAAUUGGCAUUAGGUUUGUACUCAUUUAUGCGAAGAAAAAUGAAGAUGUGAAAGAAAUCAAAUGUGAAGAUCAAGAAUGCUUUCAUCUCCUUGGUGCAUCAGCCGCCAUGAUAUCCUUCGAAGAUGGUGAUGAAGUUAAAAGAAUGAUGAAAAAUCAGGAUUUGUUUGUUGAAUUACAAACCACCAGCCAGGAUAAUUUCUUCUUUGCUAUCGACCACAGGGGAAGGCUUUCAGAAGUUGGUCUUUUUCUUUAUCCUUCGUUGCACUUUCUUGCUUAUGAAGCUCAAUGGUUUCAUUAUGAAUCAGAUAUUAUGAAAAAGACCAAAGGACAUGCUAAAGUCGUUCCUGUUUUCGAUCGUACCAAAAUGCAAGGCGUAAAGGGGGCAACAAAAAUAGUCCAUCUUCCGAAAGAUUUUCUCAAGUAUCGUAAUGUGGAGUUGGACAUGUCACUUCAUUGUCCAGAUUCCUACGACUCAUCUUGUCCACACUGGGAUCAUGUGAUCCACCUGACAGUGUGCUGUGAGAGUAAGAGUAAACUUUGUGGAUUGGAGCUAGGACGCUGGAUUACUCCUUAUGCCAGAUCAGUCGGAAGGUGGCUAACUCCCAUCACGUCACUCUUACCUCUAUUUACAAGCUCAACAUGCACGUUGACAAUGAAGACAGUUCCUUGGGAAAUGCCUUGGGCGCCAUCAUUAAACAUCCGUUUUUCUGAUCAUAUCUCAGAUUCUAAACAUGGAUACAGUAGUAAACAGCAAUUUUCCCCUGAUCUUGUUCCUUAUAAAAUACUGAAACUAUAUAACGGAGGAAAAUUCGAUAAAAAUUACAACAGGAAGUAUAAAGAUAUUAGUUUUAGCCCACCACAGGGGACAAAGAAAGUCGAAAUUGUCGCUCUUAUCACAGGGCACGGCAAGGAUAACAACGGAUGUGCUGAGUUCUGUGUUACGUCGCAUCAUUUUACUGUUAAUAAUAUAUCACCAAAUGUCAUCGUGUUCAAGAAUGCCGCGACUGCAAUGGGCUGCGCCGAGCGUGUUGGUCAGGGAGUCGAACCAAAUGAACAUGGUACAUGGUUAUACGGUCGUGAUGGGUGGUGUCCGGGACAAGAAGUUGUUCCUUGGGUUAAAGAUAUUACUAAUCAAGUAGAAUUAGAAAACGAAAACACUAUUAAAUAUUUUGGUUACUUCAACGGCACUGAUCCUAAUCCAAGUCAUUCACCAGGGAAUAUUGAUAUGUCUUCUUAUUUAGUAUUUUAUAAACUAGCCGAAGAUUUGGCAGGUUAUUAAUAUUCUAAUGACAGACCUGGAAAACUAUGUAAAGUUUCUUUAAUCAAAAAAGAUCCUGCAAAAAAAGGAAAAGCUUCACUCUUUUCGUUUGCUCUAGUCA